GGGCGUCUCGUACUAUGAGGAAGUAGUGCGCGGAGAAAAUUGUUAUUUCGGUGAUAAUUUCGAACAAAAGUGGGACGAAAUUAUAAUAUGUGCCAGGUUGUUUUACUUGAAUGAGUAUAUCACGGAGAAGCGACGAUUUAACGUUGGAUUUUAACUAGAAGUGUCGACUUGUAUUGGUGGCGGAGGGAUACCGCCAUAACACUGCGCGUCAAAAUAUUGGCUUGGGAAGACCGCGCCAAAGCUCAGACAGCGGCCACUCUUCAGGCGAACAACACACUGCGGAGGGCCUUUAAACGCAACCCAACGGUCGAUACGGCUACUGUACACAGCGGAGUAUUCGGUUUUUUUUAAACACCCUACGAGGACUGUUUUUCGUCGGAGGUGCUUGACUCGAGACACAGAAGUCAGAUUUCAUGCCGGUUUUCGGGAAACGGUGUGCGACUUCACGGUCGUGACACGACUUUGACGGGCGCGGUGCGGCGGAGUUGGUUGGCGCACUGCUGGACUGGGAUAUAUUUAUUCGCUUUGCAGCCAAGACGGUCCGCACCACCAUUUAAACUGCGCCUGAAUCCACUUCGCCUCCACACCGCAUUUCUUCUUCUUUACUCUCAAACGGGUGGAUAGGAAUCAGUCGUCGCCGGCUUUUCACCUCGAAUAUGUUGCUGUCAAAGUUUGGUUCAUUUUCGCAUAUUUGCAAUCCUUCAAGUAUGGACCAUCUACCCGUGAAAAUACAGCUCCAGCCGGUCAAAGUGGAAAAGGAGUCCUUCGAAAAGGUUUACCAAGUGGGAUCGGUGCUGGGCAGCGGAGGGUUUGGAACAGUGUACGCCGGCAGCCGGAUCUCUGAUGGCGCACCGGUCGCGGUGAAGCAUGUCGCGAAGGAGAGGGUGACCGAGUGGGGCACAAUUAACGGAGCUAUGGUGCCUUUGGAAAUCCUGCUGCUGAAGAAGGUCAGCUCGUCUUUUCGCGGAGUUAUCAAAUUGCUGGACUAUUACGAGCGCGCCGACGGCUGGCUGAUCGUCAUGGAGAGGCCGGAGCUCGUCAAGGACCUUUUCGACUUCAUCACCGAGAAGGGCGCCCUGGACGAGGACACAGCUCGGGGCUUUUUCCGCCAGGUGUUGGAGGCGGUCAGACACUGCUACAGCUGCGGUGUAGUACACAGAGACAUCAAAGAUGAAAACCUGCUGGUGGAUCUACGCACCGGGGAGCUCAAGCUUAUUGACUUUGGCUCGGGGGCGAUUCUCAAGGACACUGUCUACACCGAUUUUGACGGUACAAGAGUGUACAGCCCACCGGAGUGGAUCCGCUUCCAUAGAUACCACGGUCGCUCGGCGACGGUGUGGUCGCUAGGCGUGCUGCUGUACGACAUGGUGUGUGGAGACAUCCCCUUUGAGCAGGACGAGGAGAUCCUCAGAGGGAGACUGUACUUCAGGAGGAGGAUUUCAGCCGAGUGCCAGCAGCUGAUCAAAUGGUGCCUGGCCCUGCGGCCCUCGGACCGGCCCACCCUGGAGCAGAUCUGCGACCACCCCUGGAUGAGGGCGACAGCUGAGUCGCCCAAGUCGCCGGAGGAGCCGGUCGCCGGCGACAUCCGCCUCAGGACCAUCGACACAGACUCUUCGUCAAGCACAAACUCGAGCAAGGAGAGCCUCUGAGGACGGCUCUGACGAACUGAAAAAGGACUCUCCGGGGGGGAAGAAGGGGUGGGGAUGGACGGAGUGAUAUGGACUCGAGGCCAGCAGCCUGUAGCCCGACUGGCCCAUCAGUGGCCGGGCGCUCGACUCCACUGGUCCGGCAGAAAAAUGUACUUUAAUUUUCCUCUUUUUGUAGGGAAUUUCUAAUUUAUUACUAUUUGUUUCUCCUUAUCUUAUUCCCCCAUCCCCUCUUUUUUCCUCUCAGUUGAUUAUACUUGUUUCCUAAUGGGGAACAUUUUGCUGUUUGGGCGGUCUUACCAGCACUAUUUAUCCACCCCACCCCACCCCCCACUCCUGUUUUUAACUUUAUUUUACUUGUUUUGUUACUAGGCUGGUAUAUAUGCAGCUGGCAAGGCCCUCCUAUUCAGACAUGGCUGCUCUCAUAGAGCUUGGAAAAAAAACUUUUAUUUAAAUGUUUUAAUUUUGAUUUUGGAGUGCCUUUUUUUGGAAAGCUGCUUUUCUGGGGGUGGGAGGGGUGGGAGGGGCGGGAGGGGGGGCUUUUGUCAACAACAACAACAACCCUGUUUUUUUUUUUCGGAUUUACCCCUGGUGGUUAAGUUGCCUGUGCUGUGAUGGAAGGAGGGGUUUAAAGGCUGUCCCCACCCACCCCACCCAACCAAUCCUCCUCUCCAUCACUGUAAGCCAACCAACCCCCUCCCCUCCCCUCUUUGCCCCCCCCAGCCAAGAGGCUAACAUAGCAUUAGUACAGAGGGAAGGAGGUGGGGGCUCUUCCUGACAAUGAAAUACUUGAAACACUUGACUCAAACUCUGUGUCGCUCUCUUUAACGCUGCUCACUCACUCUAUAGCCUGAACAGGUGUUUUUGGAAACUGGAUCCUGUCUUUUCUGAAUGUCUACAAAAUGUCAACCCUCCCUCCCCCCAACCCCCCUCCCCCAAAAUGCCUGUUGUGGGGUGACUUAUAUUUUCUUUUCGCCUCCCGCCAUCUCACUGCUUAACACUACAUGGCCCCCGCCCCUGGCCUCCCUCAGGGUUUGGGGGUGUGAAAUGCACAAUCAAUGCAAUAUUCAUGGACUCAAUUCUGUUUUUUUUUUUUUUUUAAUUCAACAAAUAUUGUACAGCGUGUAUUUUUUUUCUCUUUUUGUGUGUGUACAUUUCCCCCCCUUUGCAUUAAUUUAUUUGUCAACAUGUAGACAUUCCACACUCUGUGGCUAUUUAUUUAUUUAUUGUCUAUGCUUAAAAUCCCCCCGCCCCCUUUAAAAAUUUGCAUAUCCUACUUGGCCUUUGGUUUGCAUUCCUAUAACUUAUUUCUACAUUUCAACAUUUUUUUUAGAUGUGGAGGAUGCACUGAAGCAGUUGUCGAUGUAAAGCAGAAUAAAACAAGUUUACUUAAAUUUGAAAAGAGCAUUUGAAUGUUAUUUAAAUACUUCUUUAAAAGAAAAAAGUCUGUCAGUAGUGUCGAAUGGUUAAGUAUCAGAGAAAUCCACCUGGUUUCUGUACUGUCAAGAUUAAUUUGAGUUCUAUGGAGAAGCUAAACAACGGGUGAAAACAGCUUUCGUAGUUGUCACAUAGCCUCAUCAUUGGAGACCUUUUCAGUUUAGCUGUGUGACUUUGUGGCUGUGAAGGAUGGAUAUUGCUAUUUUUUGAUACAGAAGUUUCAAUUAAACUCCCAUUUUUAUGUACAGAAAUAA